AACAGCACCGAGUCCGGCCAGCACAGCAGCAGCUGCCGCCUGAGCACCAUUCAAGAGCAGCAGAAGCAGAAAGCAGCAACUCCGCCAGGCUGGCAAAUCAACUAGCAACAACAACCACCACAGACAGGAGGAGGAGGAGGCUGCAUCUGGCAGGGGGAAACAAUAAAACAAGCAGGGAAGGAUGAAGGAUGGAGAAGGCACAACACUUCUAGGAAACUCCUUGGAAUGGCUCUGUCCGGGGGCUCCGCGGGGGUUGACAAGCUCCGGUCGAUCCCUCCCGCUUUCUCUGCUGGGAUUAUGAGCAAGGGCGAGAUUACGGAUCUGGAGGGGUUGUGUCUGCGCUGAGAUGUCCACUUGGGCUGGAAAGUUUCUCCAUGGUUUCUUUAUGGUGCCUGAGCUCCUCGCUGCCAGCUUUGAUUCCCCCCCAGUCUUCCUGGGCAGCUGUCCAGAUGAUGUACCCAUACCGUAAGCAGAAGAGGAUGGGUUUCUAGAGCACUGCAGCUAAAAUACGAAGGAAAUGAUCUGGAAGACGCUUCCAAAAGGAGCUGGAGCCGCUCUAGGGAGCAGUGCCCUGGGUAGCCAGCCAUGAUCGCCACUGGAGGCCUCCUGAGGAUCUCGGCCAGGAAACAGGACCCCCUGCGACCCCAAAGCCAGCCCCCCAAACGCAAACGCAAAGCCAGAAAGAAGCGCAAGAACGACGUGGUGGUGGUGAAGGGCAAGCUGAAGCUGUGCUCCGUCUCGGGGCUCAUCGCCCUCUGCGGCAUCCUGGUGCUGCUGGUGGGCAUCGCCUUGGCCGUGGUGGGCUAUUGGCCCAAACCCAGCCCCGUCUACCGGGAGGGCAGCUUCGGGGGGAGCAAACACCUGCCCGCGCAGGGCGGCGCCACCAAAAACCGCUCCAGCCGGGGCCAGCCGGGGGCGCAAGGGGGAUCCCACCCGGACACCCCUAGAGCCAACUCCUCCUCCUCCAGCAGCAGCAGCCGGGGGUCCCCCCGCGCCGCGCCGGCCCCUUCCUCGGUGGGUUUCCUCUUCCAGCUCUUCUCGGGCUACCUGCACUCGGACAAGCUCAAGGUGCUGGGCCCCCUCAUCAUGGGCAUCGGCAUCUUCCUCUUCAUCUGCGCCAACGCGGUGCUGCACGAGAACCGCGACCGCAAGACCAAGAUCAUCAACCUGCGGGACCUCUACUCCACCGUCAUCGACGCGCACAGCCUGCGGGCCAAGGAGGGCGGGGGCCCGGCCGCCGCCCCGCUCAAUGGCUUCGUCAGUUACGUGCAGCAGGCCCGGGGGCUGGGCGGCGGCGGCAGCGGGGGGGAAGCCUUGGGCGCCGCGGCCAGGCUGGCCCAGAGCUCCUGGCCCCCGGCCCUGGGCGCCCCCGCGCCCCGCUGUUCCUCCUUCUCCGCCUCCCCGCCCAGCCUGGCCGAGGCCGUCUACAGCAUCUACCGGGAGCGAGCCGCCCUGGCCGGCCGCCCGCUGGGCGCCGCCACCCCUCCCUGCAGCCCCGCGCCCGGCUGGGGCCGGCGCAGCACCGCCAGCUCCCUGGUGGGCUCCUCGCUCAGCGCCUUCACCCUGCUGCCCCUGGGCCAGGCCGAGGGCACGGGCGGGGAGAGCUGCGGCUGGCGGCGGCCGCCGGGCGAGCCCGGGGCCAGGGGGAGCCCGCGGGGCGAGUUCGAGCUGAGCCUGAGCGAGCUCGGCAGCGGCAGCCCCCUAGGGCCAGGGCAGGGGCGCAGGCACAAGCGGGUACUGAGGCGCCAGAGCACAAGCUGCCUGCCCGACGCCAGGCGGCCCCUCUCCCUUGGCUCCCCUCAGACUCGGGCUAGCAGCAAGGAGCUGGACUCCACCAGCCUUUUAGCCAAGGCUGCUUCUUCCACCUACUCCAGAUCUCUGGAUCUGGGCGGCUCGCCUCCCUUCACUCCGCCUGGGGUCAGGAGAGGCUCCCAGUCUGACCCAUCCAGCAGCAAUAAGGGCUACACGCACCUGGAGGAGGCAGGCACCUCCUUGGAGUCUAUUGCCAACACCCCCGCCAGUAAAACCCAGGACUGUGAGGAGGACCCAAAAGGGGAGAUCGGCCCCCUAGAGGGAGCCAGUAAAGAACAAACAGUGCAGCAACCUCAGCAAAUUCAGAGACAAUAUACAAAUAAAGAGAAGCUCUUCAUGAUUUCCAGGUCGCACGCCACGGCAGGGCUGGAGGAUGGGGAGCUGGAAAGCACGGGCGUUUGAACAAACAGAAAGCAUCAGGACAACUUGCAAGCCCUCUGCCUCCUUGUGGACGGAACCCGGUCAAUAUCCAAAGAGCUGCAGUAUGUUAUCCUUGAAUUGCAUUCAAUAAAUUCCCGUAGAUGAUACCAGGAAACAAAAAAUCUUUCUGUCCGAUUGUGAUUGUAUGUUCCAUGCAAACCAAAUUGUAUUACACAUCAAUAGUCCAGCAAGUUCUUCGAAGCAAAAGAAUACAAUUUUGGACAACAUAACUGUGCACUUUAUAGUUUUUAUUUCUAAGUGCCCCCUCUCCCCCUUCCUUGGGUACUCUGA